AAAUGUGAUGAAUUUCCACGUCACGAGGGUAUUUAUGUCAAAACGCAGCUAGAUUCUUGUCUCUUUACUCUCUGUUUGACUUCCAAUUGGGUAUUCCUCUGCAAUUCCCACUCCGUCCCCAUAAUUUCAACGUUCCCCAAAAUAUCGCACGUUCCUCGCAUUUCACUUUCUCUCUCCUCUCUCUCUCUCUCUCUCUCUCUCUCCCCCCCUUUUUGGUCGAUUUCCCAUCUACUCUCUCACUCUAUAAUAUCUCACACCCCCUCUUCUUCUUCAUUUUUCUUUUUGGGUAACUGAUUUCAUCAUCGGAUUGUCAAAAUCUAACAACUAUUCUGCACAACAUACAAAAAUCUCAAAAAAAAAAAAAAAAAAAAGUAAUUCCUACUUUUUGAACCAUUCCCUAUUGGCUGCUGAAAAAUCUAUAUAUAUAUUAAGCAGCCAAACCGGAACACUUUUUCUGUGGGGUGUCUUCUCGUAUUUAUCGAUCUGCAGCUGUGUUGGUUUGUGAGAUUUUUCUGGAUCGAAGUUGUAGUGGAAUUAGUUAGGUGUGCGGCGGGGUGGUGGUGGCGAUGGGGAGUUAUUUGAAGGAGUUUUCGGAGGUGAAGGCGAAGAACUCGUCGGAGGAUGCUUUGCAGCGGUGGAGGAAAGCGUGUUGGCUCGUUAAGAAUCACAAGAGGAGGUUCCGAUUUACUGCUAAUUUAUCCAAGCGUUUCGAAGUUCGCGAGAUCCAGAAAUCCAAUCAGGAGAAGCUCAGAGUUGCAGUAUUAGUUUCCCAGGCAGCACUUAGUUUCAUCCAAGGUAUAAGUUACACCCCACCGGAUGAAGUAAAGGCAGCAGGUUUCGGAAUAUGCGCCGACGAAUUAGGAACAAUCGUGGAGGGACAUAAUCCUAGGAAGUUGAAAGUCCACGGUGGCGUAGAGGGCAUUUCAGACAAGCUCUCAACAUCACUCACAAACGGGAUCGAAAUUUCCGACGAAUCCCUCACUCGCAGAACACAAACUUACGGAAUCAACAAAUUCACCGAGAGCCCGUUAAAGGGCUUUUGGCUAUUCGUAUGGGAAGCCCUUCAAGACACCACACUCAUGAUUCUUGCUGUUUGCGCCUUCGUCUCUCUAAUUGUCGGCAUCGCCACAGAAGGGUGGCCAAAGGGUGCCCAUGAUGGGCUUGGAAUUGUAGCGAGUAUACUUCUCGUUGUGUUCGUCACUGCUACAAGUGAUUACAAACAGUCUCUACAGUUUAAGGAUUUGGAUAAGGAAAAAAAGAAGAUAACUGUACAAGUUACGAGAAAUGGGUAUAGGCAGAAAAUCUCGAUUUUCGAUUUGCUUUCGGGUGAUAUUGUUCAUCUUGGGAUAGGUGAUCAAGUUCCGGCAGAUGGGCUUUUCGUUUCGGGUUAUUCUUUGUUGAUAAAUGAAUCGAGUUUGACCGGUGAGAGUGAGCCGAUUAAUGUAUCUGCUGAAAACCCAUUUUUACUAUCGGGGACUAAAGUGCAAGAUGGAUCUUGCAAAAUGCUUGUCACUACUGUCGGUAUGAGAACUCAAUGGGGGAAAUUGAUGGCUACCCUUUGUGAAGGGGGUGAUGACGAGACACCUUUGCAAGUGAAAUUAAAUGGAGUGGCGACAAUUAUUGGGAAAAUCGGUCUCUUCUUUGCUGUGAUCACAUUUGCAGUUCUUGUGCAAGGACUGUUUAGCAAGAAGAUUAGCGACGGAUCGAGCUGGGCUUGGUCUGCUGACGAAGCGCUCGAAAUGCUCGAGUACUUUGCGAUUGCUGUCACUAUUGUUGUUGUUGCUGUUCCCGAGGGAUUGCCUUUGGCCGUCACUCUGAGCCUCGCAUUUGCUAUGAAGAAAAUGAUGAACGACAAAGCGCUCGUUCGCCACCUGGCAGCCUGCGAGACUAUGGGUUCCGCUACAACAAUCUGCAGUGACAAAACGGGGACGCUCACCACCAAUCACAUGAGCGUCGUCAAAACCUGCAUCUGCGGUGAAGUGAAAGAAGUCAGUAGUGGAAUGAAGGGCUCGGAUUUUUGCUCGGAUUCCAUUGCUAAAAUGGUGACAAAAUCGAUAUUCAACAACACGGGUGGAGACAUUGUCAUCGCUAAAAACAACAAGAUCGAAAUACUUGGCACGCCGACAGAAACUGCUCUCCUCGAAUUCGGCCUCUUGCUGGGAGGAGAUUUCCGAGCGGUGAGAGAGGAAUCAAAGAUUGUGAAAGUCGAGCCGUUUAAUUCCGAGAAGAAACGCAUGGGGGUAGUUUUGGAAUUACCGGGCGAAGAAUUAUUUCAGGCGCAUUGCAAAGGUGCUUCGGAGAUUAUUUUAGCCGCGUGUGACAGGACUCUGAAUUCUGAUGGUGAAGUUGUUCCAUUGGACGCAAAAUCGGUUAAAUAUCUUGAAGACACGAUCGAGCAAUUUGCUAAUGAAGCUCUUAGGACAUUGUGCCUUGCGUAUAAAGAUAUUGAUGGCGAUUGUUCAGUUGGAAAUCCAGUUCCAUUUGAGGGUUAUACUUUGAUUGGAAUUGUGGGAAUUAAAGAUCCGGUUCGCCCUGGAGUGAAGGAGUCUGUUGCUAUUUGUAGGUCCGCGGGAAUUAUGGUGAGGAUGGUCACGGGAGAUAAUAUUAACACGGCUAAGGCGAUAGCUAGGGAGUGUGGAAUACUAACUGACGAUGGUAUUGCUAUUGAAGGACCGGAAUUUCGGAUGAAAACUGACGAGGAAUUGCAAAAACUCAUACCUAAACUUCAGGUGAUGGCUCGUUCAUCUCCAAUGGAUAAACAUACACUCGUCAGACAUUUGCGAACAACGUUUGGGGAAGUUGUUGCAGUGACUGGAGAUGGAACAAACGAUGCUCCUGCACUUCACGAAGCUGAUAUUGGCCUUGCUAUGGGAAUUGCUGGAACCGAGGUGGCGAAAGAGAGCGCUGAUGUCAUAAUUCUAGACGACAAUUUCUCCACCAUUGUCACCGUAGCAAAGUGGGGCCGCUCGGUUUAUGUGAACAUUCAGAAAUUCGUUCAGUUUCAGCUCACAGUUAACGUGGUCGCUUUAAUCGUCAACUUUUCUUCAGCCUGCUUGACAGGCAGUGCACCCCUCACCGCUGUUCAGCUUCUAUGGGUGAACAUGAUAAUGGAUACACUUGGAGCACUUGCUUUAGCCACCGAGCCUCCUAAUGACGACUUAAUGAAGAGAACACCGGUGGGGCGAAAAGGUAAUUUCAUCAGCAAUGCCAUGUGGCGAAACAUCAUGGGACAGUCUGUGUAUCAGUUUGUUAUCAUUUGGUAUCUUCAAACGUCUGGAAAGGUGGCAUUCAACCUCAGCGGCGACGACUCUAGUUUAAUUCUUAACACCAUCAUUUUUAACUCGUUCGUCUUCUGUCAGGUUUUCAACGAGGUAAGCUCAAGAGAGAUGGAGAAGAUAAACGUGUUAAAAGGCAUACUCGAAAACUACGUAUUCGUAAUUGUACUGAGCUGCACAGUUUUCUUCCAAGUCAUCAUAAUUGAAUUCCUCGGAACAUUCGCCAACACACAUCCUCUCACCUUGCAACAAUGGUCCGUAUGUAUUUUGCUUGGAUUUAUAGGCAUGCCUAUUGCUGCUGCAGUAAAAAUGAUCCCUGUCGGAUCAAGGUAAAAGGAAAAACAAUCAAACGGGAAUGGUUUUAGGGGAUUGGAAUACUUGGAACCAAAUCAUCGUACGGGCAUAUUAUUUUCGAAUUGAUAUUCUUGUUUUUUUUAUUUUUAUGGGAACAAAUAUAUCAUUCGGUGUUUUCAGGACAAAGCAAGUUCGAACGCGGUUAAGUGUCUGUAUAUCAUGUUAGAACAAGUACCACAAAUGCAGAAGGACGACGAUUUUGUAGUUUGAUUUGAAGAACUCUUGAUUGUUUUCUGAUUUCAAGGCAUUAAUCAGGAUUAUCGAACGUGCGACUUCUUAUUAAUUUUUUUUUUUUGAUUUAUUGUGAAAUAAUUCAGGUUUAACUAAUUAUUUCUCUG